CGUUGUAAACAAGAGUCGCCGAAGGCUCUAGUCGCCUGGCUUAAGGAUCUGUCAUGCGUACAAGGCUGCCACACAACACGAGUAACUAAAGAUGGACGACUGAGUGACUUUAUUGCUUAUGUAGACCAGUUUGUAAUAUGUGCCCACUUCUCACGCACAGCGUAGAACAAUACCACGUGACAACAUAGACGCCAUCGAACUGCACAAGGAGGCUAGAGAUGGCGACCUCUAAAUACAAGAAGCUGACAGACAAGCACCUUUCUUGUGCCAUCUGUACAGGGGUGUUCUCACACCCUGCCACACUUCAGUGCAAUCACACAUUCUGCAAAUCCUGUCUGCUGAAAUACACCAAAACGCGCCCAGGAGCAAUACAGGCUAAGUCCAUCCCAUGUCCAACCUGUAGACAACUGACGAAGGCGCUCACCCCUGACAGUCCCCUAGAGGAGUGGGUCAGUCAGCUGAAGCCCAGCCACGUGAUACAGGGGCUGAUGGACGACUUUGUACCGGCAACACAGGCAGUAGAAGAUAUAAACAUCUGCAAUGUUUGCAAAACACAAGGGAAGACAACUCCAGCCACUUCAUGGUGCUCUAUCUGUGAUGAUGUUUUCUGUGAUGGAUGUGUCAAGAUGCACAACAUGAUGCCAAUGUCACGUGAUCAUGAAGUAGUGGAUUUGUCUGGUCCUACCAAAGUAAGGACAAGGCGUCGCUUUAUGUGUAAGAUCCACAGAGAUGAAAAGGUGAAACUGUUCUGUAAAGACUGCAAGCAGGCGAUAUGCACAAUAUGCUGCUGUAUAAAACACAGGGCUUGUAAGGAUGUUGAAACUAUAGAGAGCAUGACUCCUCUUGUGAAGGAACACCUGACAAACAAAACAGAGCAACUUAGAAUCAACAUUGAAAAUACAAAAAACUACAUCGACUUGAGAAAAUCUACAAUUCAAAAUAUAAGGAGUAAUGGACACAGGGUUAAAGAUCAUAUCCGAAAAUCAAGGGAAACAUUGGUAGAAGUGAUCCUAAAGAAAGAGAAGCAUCUUCUUGAGGAUGUGGAUGAAUUUUGUAAUAAUCACACUCAGAAAUUACAAGCAGAUAUAACACUCCUGGAGAAUGAGCUUCAGGUAUGCCAGCAGCAGUAUGAGUCCACAGCCACUGCUGUGACAUCCAACUGUGAGAUGGACAUGUAUGCCGUCUAUGAGUCGAUGGGUGAGGCAUCUACGGACAACAGAGACAUGGACAACAUGCCAGCACCAGGAAGGGUUGUCCUCAAACACGACAUGGACAAGCUGAGUAAAGCAGUUGAUGAGCUACAACUGGGAGAGGUUGAAGUCGUACAUGACAUUGGUGACCGCCAUUCUCCUCCUGUUCAACAUCACACCAUUGACUGUAAAGCGGAUGAGGACACAUGCGAUCCUUUUUUGCAUGACAUCACAGUGGUAAUGGUUGAUGACAUCAAAGUAACAGUAGUUGCAGAUUGUGAUAACAAUAAACUCAAAAUAUAUUACUCCUCAAAUUCCAAAUCAUUUGAAAAACAUCUACCGCUUUCUGAUUAUCCAUGGCAAAUAGCAACGUUAAGUGGGAGUCAGAUAGCAGUCAGUAUUCCAGACAGGAGUGAAAUAGUUACAGUUGAUAUAACUCCAGAUCCUGUGUUGCUUUCAACUCUCAAAACAAACAAACAGUACUGCGCUCUCGCCUGUCUGGGUCCUUCACAACUGGUGGCAGGUACAUAUAACCCCACUGUCGACAUACUGGACAUGGCAGGGAACCUACUGAGGUCCAUCAACACGGGUGUGAUAGGGAGUCCAGACUAUAUCCAUGUCACCAGUAACAACAACCUGAUACUUUGUAAUGAAGAAGUACACUCCCUUGUAUGUGUGACAAAUGAAGGAGACGAUUUGUUCACCUACACUCCCACAGGAGACAGGACUUUGAUAUGUCCCCAAGGUAUCACUACAACCAAGACCGGAGACAUUCUGCUGGUCGAUGAAACCUCAAACAGUGUGGUUCAGCUGACAGAAUCUGGUCAGUUUGUCAGAUAUGUUCUCCAAGAACAGGAUGGUCUUCAGUCUCCUAAUGGCAUCUGUCUUGACAGUGACGGUUUACUGUAUGUUACGUCAGACAGAUAUGUAAAGGUAUUUAAAUUUUGCUGAAGAUGAAUGUGGAAGUUAAGACUCAAAUACAUAAACAUAUCAUGACACAAGUUGAGUGUCUUCUUUGAUCCGGCUUUGGCGUUUUCCUUCAUGGUCAAGACUGUCCGUGUGGUGUCGUGGAAAGAGUGUCUGCACAGAGAGCGGCAGGUCGGUGGUUCGGUCCCUUGUGGCACUGUGUUUACCAAGGAUAGCUUUCGGCUAAUGGGAUAUAACAAAGACUGGUCGACUCGCAGUCAGUAUGAGUACGAUGUUAAACUGCGGAAUGGUAUCUCAUUGGGCUAGCAUUUAAAACCGGCAGAACCCCGGGCCAGAACAAGCAGCCUCACAAACACACGUGCAUGCACGUCGCUGUACAAGUGAAAUAAUCUUGAACAAGACUUGAAACCUAAGUUCUCAUCACCACCUUCAUUGUCUAUGUGUACACACAUGUAAUUAAGUAUCCCACAUAGUAUUUGCAUAGAUCUUGCCGUUGGCGAUGAUUUAAGAUCAAGAUCACAUCUUAGUAAAUUCUUGCUUAUGUGAAGUGUUAUUUUGA